CCAGGCGACAGAUGGCGCGAUCGUCCACAUGGUGGAGGUGGAUAGCAGCAAUCCAGGCUUUUCCAGUUUGGUUCCAAGGCGGCCUCCGUGUUUUUAAUUUUACACACACAUAUAUACAUCCUCCUCUCGUUUUCUUCGGCCACUUCUUUUUUCUUCUUCUUCUUCUUUUUGUUGCACACAUAUAUGUAUUCCAGGGAAAUUUCCCUUGGUGUGUGCCAUAUACAUGCAUGUGGAGGAGACGGGGAUGGAGAGCUGUGAGCUAGUCCCCUUUGUACUACAGAAAGAAAGUGCGUGCUGCCCUUAUUUCUGGAAUGAAAAGGCAGAAUGGGAAGAGGGGGGAAAAAGGGGAUAGAUAGAUGUGGAGGUUGAGGGAGACCCACACCACCAUAUAAACCCCCCUCUUCCAAACUAGUCACACAUGGCACAAGCACACAGCUCAUCAGUUCUUCUUCGUCGUCUUGGCUAGCUGCCUAGCUAGCUAGCUAGUUCCUCACUCCUCUCCGAGAACCCCCUUUUUCAUCUCUCUCUCUCUCUCUCUCGGUCUCGCCCAGCUCCUUUCGAUGUUAUCGUCUCUGCUGGCCUCGCAACUCGUCGAGAGAGACUCGUGAAAAAGAAUCCAGAUAUAGCUAGAGAGACCGAGAGGGCAGCUAGCAUGUCGAUGAGCUUCUUGAGCAUGGUGGAGGCGGAGCUGCCGCCGGGGUUCCGGUUCCACCCGAGGGACGACGAGCUCAUCUGCGACUACCUCGCGCCCAAGCUCGGCGCCAAGCCCGGCUUCUCCGGCUGCCGCCCGCCCAUGGUCGACGUCGACCUCAACAAGGUCGAGCCAUGGGACCUCCCCGUGGCGGCGUCGGUGGGGCCGCGGGAGUGGUACUUCUUCAGCCUCAAGGACCGCAAGUACGCGACGGGGCAGCGGACGAACCGGGCCACGGUGUCCGGGUACUGGAAGGCGACGGGGAAGGACCGACCCGUGGUGGCGGCGCGGCGAGGCGCGCUGGUGGGGAUGCGCAAGACGCUCGUGUUCUACCAGGGGAGGGCGCCCAAGGGCAGGAAGACGGAGUGGGUGAUGCACGAGUACAGGAUGGAGCCAGCUGCUCCUCUUCUUGAUCACCAACCCUCCUCAUCCAACUCCAAGCAGGAUGAAGAUUGGGUGCUGUGCAGAGUCAUCUGCAAGAAGAAACUGGCAGCAGGAGGCCGCGCAGGAGGGGGCAGCUCGAGGAGCCUGGUCGCCAGCAACGGCGGCCGCGAGACCGCGCCAGCCACCCCGCCGCCGCCGCCGCUGCCACCUCGCAUGGACACGGACGCCACCCUAGCACAGCUCCAGGCCGCCAUGCACGCCACCGCCGGCGCGCUCGAGCAGGUGCCCUGCUUCUCCAGCUUCAACAACAACACUGCCAGCUCUAGAGCUGCUGCCGCAGCAGCAGCAGCGCAGCCAUGCUACCUGCCCAGCAUGGCCACAGGCGGCAGCCACGGCACGACGAGCUACUACCUAGACCACGCGAUGCUGCCGCCUGAGCUGGGUGGCUGCUUCGAUCCUCUCCACGGCGACAAGAAGCUGCUCAAGGCGGUGCUGGGCCAGCUCGGCGGCGACGCGGUGGCGCCGGGCCUGAGCCUGCAGCACGAGAUGGCCGCGGGCGCUGUCGUCGCUUCAUCCGCUUGGAUGAAUCACUUCUAGGGGACAUUAGUUCAGCAGCGAACCUAAGUAUGUGAUUGGUUGCGUAUAUUAUGGGAAAUACAUACAUAUAUACAUAAUUGUGUGGUGAAACAUUUGUGUGUGAGGCAAGGAGUAGAGCAUGCGUCAUUUUUUUGGUUGCUGCCGAUCGAUUUGGACGAAGGCCAUGAGGCAAGGAGUAGAACUCUGUAAUAUAAUGAUGGCUGCUCAAGUGUGUGUACACAUUCAGAUGCAGAGGUCGUAUGUCAUGAGCGAUGAUCAGGAGAAUUUCAGAUUGGUUAUUUUA